AUGUUUAAGAAAGAGCAUUUUAAUAGGUUAAAGAAAAUAAGCUUUAGCAAGGCGGCUUACAUCUCCGUGGCGUUACAUCUAAUGGCCAGUCAGAAUUCCAAUUUAUCACAUCGUCGCACUACCAUGGUUGGCGACAGUGAGCAACAAACUACGAGUUUCAAUGCUCAUAGUGCUGCUUUUCACACGGAAAACGACAAUUCCAUACCUUCGUUUGAUGAAGAAAUAUUUGAUGCUUGUCGCAAUGGGGAUUUGGCUCUUGUAAAAUGUCUACUGGAAAAUGGAGUUAAUGUUAACCUCAUAGAUACUUCAGGUCGAAAGUCGACACCGCUACACUUUGCUGCUGGAUACGGUCGUCGAGACGUUGUUAGUCUUCUCUUAGAUCACGAUGCAGAUGUUUCUGCUAGAGACGAAGGAGGUUUGAUUCCCUUGCAUAAUGCAUGCUCAUUCGGACACGUUGAUGUGGUGCACCUGUUACUAUCAGCAGGUUCUGACCCCAAUGCUGAAGAUUGCUGGAACUACACACCUCUACAUGAAGCUGCCAUAAAAGGAAAAGUGGAAGUUUGCAUUUUGUUGCUUCAGGCAAAAGCCAAUCCCCACGCUCGAAACUUGGAUGGCAAAACCCCUGUUGAUUUGGCUGAGGGUUCGGCCCGUUUAGCUUUGGUUGGAGAGUAUAGGAAAGAUGAACUACUUGAAGCCGCUCGAAGUGGGAAUGAAGAAAAGCUCAUAAAUCUGUUGACUCCACAAAAUGUAAACUGUCAUGCUGGAGAUGGUCGUAAAUCUACACCAUUACAUUUAGCUGCUGGUUAUAACCGUACAAAAAUUGUGAAAAUUUUGUUAAAAAAUGGAGCUGAUGUUAUCGCUAAAGACAAAGGUGGUCUUAUUCCUUUGCACAAUGCUUGUUCCUAUGGUCAUUUGGACGUUUGUGAAUUGUUAAUUAGUGCUGGUUAUGGUUCUGCUCAAGUACAUGCCGCUGAUUUAUGGCAGUAUACACCAUUACAUGAAGCAGCCAGUAAAUCACGUGCAGAAGUGUGUUUUCUACUUUUGGCAUAUGGUGCGAAUCCAACCCAACCAAACUGCCAUGGAAAGUCUGCAUUAGAUUUGGUACCGAAUAAUGAUCUAAGACAGAGAUUGCUUUUUGAGUAUCGAGGAUAUGUUUUUCUUGAAGCUUGUCAAAAUGCAGACAUCCAUCAAAUUCGAAAAUUGCUGUCUUUACCCACUAACACCAUAUCAAGCAACGCCUAUCCAAUCGCCCCACCAUUAUCAGUCAAUUUUAGUGUUCCUUCUAAUACUUGUUCUUCAAUUCAUGACGGGAAGUGCAUGCAUCAGAAAAAUUGUAAUAUUUCUUCAGUAUCGUCCUCAAGUCAACACCAAGAAUCCAUUCUACCUAUGCCUGUUCAAAUUAAUCAGGAUCUCCUUCAUUUCCGACACCCAUUCGUCGGUAACACUGCUCUUCAUUCUGCCUGUUGUGCAACCAACUCAGGAGAGCAGACCGUGACGAAAACAUUUCACCUUGGUUCAGGUUCUUAUCCUGGAUUUCAUUCACCAGAAAAUAAACAACUUAUAUCUCAUACACAGUAUACUAAAGACUUGUCAGUCAACUCAGUUAAUCGUAAUGUUUCUCCAGUCUUGGGUAGACAGUUGAUUGAAUGGCUUAUCGAUCAAGGUAUUGCGGUCUCAGAUUGCAAUGUUGAGGGACAAACUCCUCUCCACUUAGCUGCUCGUUACGGAUAUCUUGAGGCAGCUGCUUGUUUGUUACGGCGUGGUGCUGAACCAAACGUUGCGGACUGGCAUGGUUUCACACCUUUACACCUGGCUGCUAAAUAUGGACAUUCUCAUAUCAUACAGCUCUUAGUUCAGGGAUUUGGCGCAGACUUAAGUUGUACUACUAUACCAGGAGGUCAUACCGCUGCCUCUUUGGCUUCUACUGAGUGUGUCAGACGUCUUAUUGCAGAAUUAAGUCUUAGUCCAGUGAAUAACACUCUGAGUUCUUCACAAAAAUCACCCACUGAAAAACAUGUCACUGAUUCAUCAGCCCACAUACCUUCAGCGCCAGAUGCAGAGAAAACCCAAAGUACGGUUGUUUGUAGUCAGCAAGUUAUUCCAUUUUUAGUUUGUUCUGGACCUCAUUCACAGGACAAUUCAAAUAUGUUUUAUGACCCCAAAUACUCUCAGAAACCUACUCCUAACAAUCCUUCGUCUACUAAUCGUAGCACCACUACUACUCUUCCGAUUUCAAGUACUGAUUAUGUCUCCCCAUCUGGAAGUCACAGCUGGGCGGAUAUAGUACUACAGUUGUUAGAAGCAGCUAAAUCCGGUGAUGUAGAAAUGGUUCGUCGUCUUAUAACAACACAUCAUUAUUCUGUUUGUCCGGAUGGUGCUGCAAAUGAAUUGUGUACUGAAUCAUCGGAGUCGUGUACUGUUACUGCUCCACUGGAUUUAAUCAACUGUCGUGAUAUCGAUGGUCGACACUCAACACCUCUCCACUUCGCCGCUGGAUAUAAUAGAUUAGCUAUCGUAGAAUUACUGUUACAGUACAAAGCCGAUGUUCAUGCUAAAGAUAAAGGUGGUUUAGUACCGCUGCAUAAUGCUUGUUCUUAUGGUCAUGCUAAGGUUGCUGAACUCCUUAUUCAAUAUGGAGCCAAUGUUAAUGUUACUGACUUGUGGCGUUUCACCCCUCUACACGAGGCUGCGGCUAAGGGCAAGUUCGAGAUUUGUCGAUUAUUGCUCAAACAUGGUGCCGAUCCGUUGAAAAAGAAUCGCGAUGGUCAUACUCCCAUAGAUCUGGUUAAAGAUACAGACAGUGAUGUUUAUGAUCUAUUACGCGGAGAUAUUGCCGUUUUAGAAGCAGCUAAGAAAGGGAAUUUAACUAAAAUAAAACGAUUAGUAACUUCAGAAAAUAUUAAUUGUCGUGAUACUCAAGGAAGAAAUUCAACACCGCUUCAUUUAGCUGCAGGCUAUAAUAAUAUUGAAACACUAGAAUUCUUACUGGAAUCAGGAGCCGAUGUAAACGCCAAAGACAAAGGUGGUCUAAUCCCAUUACAUAAUGCCAGUUCAUAUGGUCAUGUUGAUGUAGCUGCACUUCUUAUUCGCUAUGGAACUUCAGUAAAUGCUGUAGACAAAUGGGGUUAUACACCGUUGCAUGAAGCUGCUCAAAAAGGACGAACUCAGUUAUGUGCUCUUCUGCUAGCUCAUGGAGCAGACCCAAAAAUAAGAAAUCAAGAAAACCAAACACCUUUCGAACUAGCGACAGCUGAUGACGUUAAAUCUUUGCUAUUGGAUGUAAUGCUUCAUACGACUGCAUGUAUUACAACAGUCUCAAAGGAAAAUGUUCUUUCAUCGUCGUUCAAUUCUACUACCUUACCUACAUCUAACUUGGACACAUCCUCACCUCAGCAAACAUCUUUUAGUAACCUAUUACCAUCUAUGUCCAUCGGUCCACGAAUUGAGUGUCAAGGUCGCGAGUCUAAUUUGCCGGGACCAAUUGUCCCAUCUGCAAAUAUUUCAAACCCAGUCUGUUCAUCAAAUAUGGCUUUGGUUAAGUUGAAUAACUCAAGCUGUCCAGGUAAUGCUAAACUAACGACGGCGAAUUUUCUUAUGUCCCUCGGUUUGGGUCAGUUGGUCGAACUAUUCGAAAAGGAAUUAGUAACAAUGGAUAUACUUUUAGAAAUGGGUCACGAAGAGCUGAAAGAACUUGGUGUAACUGUUUAUGGACAUCGUCAUAAAAUUAUCAAAGGCGUACAGAAAUGGCGCUCUAAUUGUACAACACAACAGUCCCCAUUAGAUCCCAGUAAUGAUACUCGCAAAUCAUCAAGCACCUUAUACCCUUCCCCUAGUCUACAUUCUACAAGUCCAAUAACAACUCAUUUUCAUGGCGUUGGUGUAGCUGAAGCCACUCCAACUGGUCCUGCCUAUUUUCCUGCAGCAGCGGCUAAAAACACUGUGAUGAUAGAAAUCGAUUGUACAGAUUCAGAAUUCUUAGCUGUUGAGGAACAGAUUCAGAGCACAAUAAGAGAACAUAAAGAUAACUGUGGUGGGAUUUACAAACGAUAUCGUAUACUAAAAGUUGCAAGAAUUAGAAAUAAACGUCUAUGGGAUCGUUAUCUACACCGGUGUGCUGAAAUCGCUGAAGAUAAUUCUGGGCAUUAUAACGAAAGACUUCUAUUUCAUGGAUCCCCGUUUUUACAGUCUAUCGUUAUGAAGGGGUUUGAUGAACGCUAUGCAUAUAUUGGUGGAAUGUUUGGAGCUGGUAUAUAUUUCGCAGAGAACUCAUCUAAAUCGAAUCAGUAUGUAUAUGGAAUUGGUGGAGGAGCCGGUUGCCCAGCUCAUAAAUCUCGUUCAUGUUACAUUUGUCCACGUCAGUUGUUAUUAUGUCGCGUUGCUUUAGGACGGUCAUUCAUUCAGUUCAAUGCCAUGAAAGUAGCUCAUGCACCCCCGGGCCACCAUUCAAUUGUUGGUCGACCAAGCGCAGGUGGACUCAAUUUCUCUGAGUAUGUCAUAUACAGAGGUGAACAAGCCUAUCCUGAAUAUCUCAUCACUUAUUUGUUAGUCCCACCUGAUCCAAAUGAUAAUGAAAAUAUGACUGAUCAAAAUCUACCAAAUCCUCUUACUCAUAAUACAAAUAUUGGACUUCUACCACCCACUAGUAACAGUGGUAUCACUAGUAUAUCAUCUAAUGUUGGUGUGGCUGUAAACUCAGUACCCUGUUACACUGUGCCUUCAAACCAAAAAAAUAUUGUAACGAGUUCCUGUGAUUCAUCUUGUGUACAAACGCCUGUUCAGUCUCUGAAACUGCCUGUUGCAAAUACUGCUACUUCUGGUUCUCUGGUUACAAGUGUAGCGCCAGCUGAUAG